AAGUGAUUAACCGGAAGUCUACAGGACCCAAACUACGACCUGCAUCAAUUUGAAGAGAUAGCUGGAGUUUUUAUUUUUUAUUAAAACCAUUUGCUGGUUAGUUAGCUCGUUUUUUUGCUAUCUUUUUUGUUGUUGUUGGUAUUAUGCCUAAAUGAUGAAAUAGCGCAGCUGAACUCUUGAGUAUUAGCAAAUAUUCUCUGACUGAUAUCUGUGGAGCUGAUCUGCUGCAUGUUUAUUUAAUCUGCCUCGUUUUUCAUCUGAUACUGAGCAUGCCUGCUCCUUACCUUGAACAAAUUAGAAGAGCCAAGGAGUGGCAGGAUGCCAAAGUUACUUCCACCAUUACACCCACCUUGAAGAAGAUAUGCAUCAAAACAGUGAGUCGUCACAUGGAUGUCCUAGACAAGAAAGCUCUUGACCUACCAAUCUCACUGAUCAAGGAGCUCCUGCAGCAUUUAAACAUUGUUGAUCUGGAUAGAAUUCAGCCUGCAGUGAACCAGAAAGGAAUCUCCACCUCCUUUGUGUGGGCAGGAAUAUUGAGAAGAAUCUCUGGGCCUCGCAAAGGGAGUACUAUACUCACCGAAGAUGAAUGGAGGGAGAUAAGCAUGCAUAAGCUCUUUAACUUGGCCUUCUAUGGCUUCAGGUUCGGAGGUGAUACAAAAUACCUCCUGAAUGUCAACUUUAACUCCCUUCUCUUAGUCAUGGCCAAAUACAUCCAGCACCUGGUUCUUCGAACAUCACGACCACACGGCUACUUCUUCGCGAGGAGGUCCGUUCUGAGCGUUCUGGAGAAGGGUGUAAGGUGCAUUCAACUGGGAGAGAGCACUCAGCUCAGAGAGUGGCCCAGUGAUGUCUUAUACACCCUGCACCGUUUACUGGACCACGGGGCAGCCCGUGAUGUCAUCAUAAACCAGAGCCCAGAUCCUCGUCUGCUGGCUUGGAUUCUUCAUGGCAGGGGACCUCGGAGUAAAAGCCACCAAUGUCCAAUGGAGUCCAUGCAAGGUGAGAUGGUCAAAUGUUGCCAGGCGCCAAACACUGCAGGACGCAGCGCUGGAGAUGCUGAGGCAGCCAACUGCCAGGUCCUAGGGGAAGAGGAGCCUGAUGAAGAAGAUAAUAAUGGUGGGACCCCAUGCAAGCGUCCAAGGUUGAGUAUUGCCUCUGCGAAGGCAGAGCUUGACUUGACCAGCACUCCAUGCCAAUGUAUGGUACCCAAGCCAUUGUGCCAGAUGUUUAUUCCCUCGGCUGGUCACUCGGCAGAGAUUUGCCACAAGGGGCAAAUCCAUUCACUAAAGAUCAAUGACUUCAGGGGUGGAGUCUUCCCUGUACUGCUUCCUCUCCUGCCUUCUUGGCUGUGCCUCCACUCUCUAAGCCUGCAAAGUGCUUGGACCUUUGAGGAGGGUGAUGCGUUGAGCCUGGCAGAGUCUCUCCAGCAGCUGUCUGCUACACCAGGCUGCUCCCUGAUUGAGCUGAGUGUGGGGUCCCUGACACAUCCUGCUCUCAUGGAGUCCCUGCUGAAUGCAUGCCCCACCCUCAGGUCAUUCUCCAUGGAGAUCCACCCUGUAGCAGAGUACCACAGAGCCCCACUGAGAAGCAUUCCCCAGCCUGCACACCAUGCAGAACUCUCACUGGAGAAGCUGUGUGUGAAAGUACCCAAAUUGAGGACCAGUGUGGAGAGUCUGAUGUGUGUGUUGCUACGCUCUCCUCGCCUCACCUCACUUCACGUCUCAGGAAUCAAUAGCUCAACUGGCUUCUCACCCAGCCACCUCCUCAACACAGUGGCAGAGUCCAAUCGCCACCUGAAGGACCUCACCUUGGAGGAUAUCAACCUGUCUGAUUGUCACUGUGCAAUCUUCCAGCUACUGGAUAACUACUGUAUGUUGGAAGCGUUGUCAUUGAAGGACUGUCGGCUUCUGGAGAAAUGCAGUGACAAGGAAGAUGUCGUCCGACAGCUGGUUAAUUCUCUCAAAAAGGUUCCAUCUCUCCAGUCUCUAAACCUGGCUCAAAACCGCCUCGCCAAGACUGUGACAGUUUUGGGGGAACUCUUCAAAGGACCCUCACCAAGCACAGUGAAAGAGCUGGACAUCAGCUCCAACUUCAUCCAGCCUCCUGAGCUGCUAGAGUUAGGGAAGUUGUUGGAGACCCACCGUCCUCCCCAGAGACUACUCCUCACCCUGAAGAGCAACCCACUGGACAGAAACAUGGAGCUGAGGGACACGGCUCUGGGCACGCUCAGCCACCUUUGUGACCUCAUCACCGACCACUGGAACUCUAGGGACACCAUGGCUGACCACAUCAGCAUCAUGUGAACAAGGUCUUAGGUCAUGUGAAUGGAGUAGGGUGAAGUUGCCUCUAGGUGCUGAUCUUAGGACAGUUUUGUGAGGAAGAGGAAGCUGGUCCAAGACCUCUAGAUAGGGGAACCUUCGCCUCGUAAUCCUGCGAAUUCUGGGUUGUGUUCAUUAGUAACACUAAAACGUUUUGCAAUGGAAAAAAAUAUGAGCAUUGUUUUUUAGACAAGAACAGAUAGUACUUCCCUGUUUCACUCCAGUUCGGACCAACUGAACAUGACCCUGGAUAAAAUCUUGUUCCUUAACCUGAAGUGAACAAACAUUUGCUGCUACCCAAGAGACGUUCCUGGAAAUCGAAAUUGCUUCAGUUUUAAGUCUUUUGUAAGGAACUUUUGUAAGGAACAAUAUUUUCCAGUUUACAACACAUAUAUAUGUUGCUGUUUUGUAUGUGGCUGUUGCAGGCUUAAUAAGCCAAAAACAAUGUGUUACAUAAAUACAAGUGGCCUUAUAUUUGGCAUUUUAAAUUGUGAAAUAAUGGCAUAAGAGCUUAUUCAGCAUCUUUAUUGUUGAUAUAUUGUCAUGUUUGUAAUGCAGCAUCUGCAGCCCUUAAAAAUCAUGUUUGUUGUUUUUUUUGGGUCAUUGACCUAGAACAGGGAUAGGCAACUGCGGAUCAGUUACCGAGUCACUCAAUUAGCCGAUGUCAUCAAAACAUUUUUAGAUUUCUGGCUAGACUAACUUACCAAUCUAAUCAUGGUCGAAUUACUGACCGGGGGGACCCCAUUUGAUUUUGUAACUUACAGUCUGAUAUAUUAAAACUGCAAACAUCUGUGAUGGAAAAUUGUAUUGUUUGUACUUUUCAAAUAACCAAUUUCUGUGUUCGAUGUUUGUGCUUUUCUAAUAACCAAUUUCUGUGUUCAUGCAAGUAUGUGACUGAACGAAUCCUCACCAUCAGUAUCUGCAAUUUGGCAGUACGCCCAGAAACUUGUUUUAAGAGAUUUUCAAGGUCUCAGCUUGGAGAGAAGAAGCCUUGUAAGGUAUUGGUCUGUCCCAUGCAUGAACCCAACAUUAAUGAUGAAUUUAUUAUGAAUAAGAUAAAUCAUGCAAAUAUAAUUUGUCUGUAAGCAGUAUAAAAGAUAUCUAACGGGACUGCCCCAAUAGAGCUCCGUUAAGACCGGUACUUUACGCAUCUACAUUUGACUGUGACCUCUCCAGCUUCCUGUUAAUAAACAAUGAUUCAUUUAA